GCCGAAUUAAAUUAUUCAACAACAGAAAAGGAAUUACUAGCAAUUGUUUGGGCUGUACGGAGGCUUAGACAAUAUUUGUUAGGUAGGACAUUCAUUAUACAAACAGACCAUCAAGCCUUAAAAUGGUUAAAAAAUAUAAAAGAUCCUUCAUCAAGAUUACUUAGGUGGAAACUAAGACUAGAAGAAUAUAACUAUGAAGAUAUAGAAUAUAUAAAAGGUAAAGAAAAUAAAGUAGCAGACUGUUUAUCGCGAAUUUUUCCCAUACAAGAAAAUACAACUGAUCAAGCCUUAGAUUUAUCAUUACCAAAAAUUCAACAAAAUCCGCAAUCACUUAUUAAGGAGUUAGACGAAAAUAUAACAAAAUCUAAAUUCAAUAAAAACCUCUAUCAAGAAUAUAGGAAAUGGACACAAAAUAAAACCCCCUCAAGAGAAGUAGUGAAACCUAAUGCUCACGGGAAGUUAUGGAACCAACUACAAAAAAGACCAACUGAAACCCUGAAUACUACAGUCCUUCCAAAAUUUGACGAACGAGAGUGGUUAACAAUACUAAACAUGCUAGCCAACAAAACAGUUAGUAAAAAAUUGACUAUUGUAAGAUAUCAUUUUAAUGAUCCUACCAUCACACCCACUGAAAAAAGUCGGUUAAAAAUACUAUUAUCCUUCAUAGGAAGCAAAUAUCCUACGCUAGGAAUAUUUAGUUGCUACAAUUCAAGGACAGAAUUAACACAAAGUGAAAAAGAAACAAUAAUUAAAGAAGCUCACGGAUCUAUAAUGGCACAACAUUUCGGUGAAAAUAAAUCUAUUAAAAGAGCAAUAACACUUGGAGAAUGGAAAAACAUGGAAGAUGAAAUAAUUAGCUUUGUCAAAAAGUGCGCUAUAUGUCAAAUCCAAAAAACUACUCGAAUAAAAAGAAAAGAAGAAGCAAUAAUUCCUGACACACCUAUGAAUCCUAACGAAAAAAAUAGCUAUGGACAUAUUCGGACCUUUACCCUUGACAUAUUCUGGAAAUGGAUAUAUUCUUAGUAUCCAAGAUAUGCUGUAAUGAUCAAAAUCAUUAUUAUCUGAAUAUAUCGUUGCCAUUACCCGAAUUAUACUAAUUACUAUUAAUAUUUCAUUUUUUGUAAAUCGCGCCAUAGCGCCAACUUUUGCCACCAGACGCCGUACGCACCGCAAGUAGCAGACGACAAAAGCACAUGUUGCUUUUGUGCGAAAUAUCAGAUAGAUUGGUUGCGAACCUCGUGCGAACUAUAGGCCUCUGCGCUUAGUUGUAUUGUUGUUACGAAUAAAAAUUAUAGUUUUCUAUUUUAUAUUGUGCCUUGUUUUAUUCAAUCUUGUGCCUUUAUCUUCGACAUUCACCUGCACUUCGUAUACGAGGAAAAGUAUAGCGCCAUGGAGUCAACAAAAAGGAACCCGGAAGCAGACCAACUACCUAUCCCUACAUCGGAUGCAGCUGAAGUUAAGGCCUUGCAAUUUACUCCGGAGGGCAACUGCGUCGAUAAAGGCAAGCUCGAAUUUCAGGAGGUCCCUACAGGACUAGUCGCGCUAACCAAAUUUGGUUUUGAUGCUCUUAUCGCCGAAAGAAACACCCUGUUUUCUCAAUUGACCGAGGCCACUAAAUCAAUAAAUGAACUACGUCGUGAAGUUACUAGUGCAGCAACUACACCAUACAAUGCGGUAAUCUCCGACCAAGCUUGUCAGAUCACUCAACUGAAUGAAAAAUGCAAUGGGCUAUCCGACCGCUUAGCCACUGCAGAAGAGAAACUUAAGUCUUCCCAACAAUUAUGUGCUCAACAUAAGGCUGAUGUGGAUUCCUACGCAGAAGAUUAUUAUUACUUAGAAGGAUUAUACAAGCGCUUGCGGAGACUAUUCAAAGACCGGAUCCAGGAGGUUUAUGUCUCCUUAACAGAACUGCGCGAACCAAGACUCCGUCCUAAGGCCCCACCCGGAUGCCUUAACUGUGGAGUCAUUGGACAUAAUUUUCGAUCCUGUCCUAAAGAAUAUUCUGGACAAUUUUGUCAGAUCUGCUCUCACCCGGAUUUUUCGACCGAAGAUUGACCCUGGCCUCACUACACCGAGAUGCCGAAGUCAUUGCCACAUCAUCUGCGCUGUAAAUGCUGUUGGAGACCACGCAACCUACCAGAUCCUAAUUGUCAUGAUUGUAGGAAGCGCAUGAUCCAAGAAGCCAUCGCCAAGCGCAGCCAACUCGCCAUCGAGCUCAAAAUUAGACGCGCCGUACAAGCAGUCCCAGCACCACAACAGCCAGAAGAGCCAGAGAACAUUCGACUCGCCAUAGAAGAAAACCCCUUGGUCAGAGACAAUCCUACCGACGAAAUCCCAUUGGCAGACCCUAAUGCGCUCCAAGGUCCGAAAGUUGUGAUUCAAGCAUAAUAAGAUAUUCUAUCAAAAAUUUAAAACAUGAAAUUUGUAGAUUUUCUUUAUUCAAAAUAGAUACUUUAGCUUAUAUAUUAUUACAAGAUGAUACCCAGAUACUUAUACCUGAAAACUCUGUACAAUUAGAUUUUCAAUGAAAAUCCAAAACCUUUCAGACCACUAUAAAUCAACCCACACAAAUUUCGAGCGACGAAAACUGUAUUGUUAGUGGGUUAAACAUAAUCAUACGAAUUUAACCACAACUUACCUAUAAAACCAAUAUAAAAUAUGAAAAAAAUGUAACGUUACCAUUCGACGAAGACCAAUUAGAUAUUAUUAAAGAUAAACUGUUUCCUCUAAAAAGAGAAGUUCAUCCUACGAUUCUUAAAGAAUUUAGUCAAACUCUAGACAACAUUGAAAUUGCUAUAAACAAAGUUAAAUCUGACAGAAGAUCUAAAUCAUGGACUGAAAAAACCAUAGAUACCUUAACUUAUAUUAGAUAUACAUCCACUGUAUUAUUAACCAUUUUAAUAUUGUAUAAAUGUGGAAUUCUAGACUUAAUCACCAAAUGUUUUCCAAGACAAUUAUGUUUGUUUUGCGUUAAAACUAAAGUUAUAAACAGUCCAAAGGUACAAUAUACACCGACACCAAUACUCCGAUACCAGUACUCCGAUGAAAAUAUAAGUCUACCUGUUACCAAUACUAAAUCAAUUAAAAUAAAACCUAAAAAAUAACAUUUUUUGAGACCAAAAAUACUCUAAAUGGGGAGGUGUAAAGCAUAGGUACUUUCUCUUCUCUAAAAAUCUAAAUACCUUUAUCAAAAUAUAUAAUAGCUUUCUAUAUUUCCACAGACCCUAAAAUAAAUUUGAAACUUUUGUACCUUUCACUAUUUUUAACAUCAUUGGUAUAUUGACCCACUUCCAACUUGUAUAUAAAUUGAAGGGCCAGCGUCAGUCAAAUUAGUCGUAAGGUAAAUUUUGUAUUGAAACCACAUAUUUAAAAUAAACUAAACACGAUAACCACGGUUAUCGUUUAUGUUAUUAAAAGAAUUAUCUUGUGUUUAUUUUUACCCCAUUACACUAUUAUGAAUGAAAUUUUUAUUUAGAAAAUUCCAGAAAGUUUGAAUUCUCGAGGGGGGGGGUGGCAUGUCACUGUGGCCCCCCCUGGAU